CCCUCCUUUAUAUUUCCUCUGUCCGUCCGAGAAAGAUUGUUUUUGGAUCAAAUAGGUGAAGCUUCUCUCUGCUCGGAGAGACAAAAGGGUUUAUCAGUGGUUUUUUGACAUCGGGUCACUUUGUUUCAGCUUCUCUUUCCAUAUUCAUGGGGUUUAACGGAGAUGCAGAAGAAUCAUCAAGGCGGGUUCAGGUCCGCUUUGUGUCGAAGCUCAAGCCGCCUAUGAGAGUUCCGCCAUAUUCUAUUGCAAUCCCCUCCAACCUCACCAGGAUGGGCCUAUCUGCUGUUGUCAAUAAUCUUAUCAAAGCUGGAAGUUCUGAUUGGGAAUCUCAACCUUUUGAUUUUCUCAUUGAUGGUGAGCUGGUUCGGAUGCCACUUGAACAGUUUCUCCUUGCUAAGGGCAUUUCUGCGGAGAAGAUUCUUGAGAUUGAAUACAUAAGGGUUGUUGCACCACGAAAGCAGGAGGAACCAUGUUUACAUGAUGAUUGGGUCAGUGCAGUUGAUGGUUCUAAUCUUAGGUUCAUAUUAACUGGGUGCUAUGACAGUUUUGCAAGGGUAUGGAAAGCUGGUGGAUCGUGUACACAUAUAUUAGAGGGACACAGUGAUGCAGUUACUUCUGUAACUAUUGUCAAUCAAAAAGUUACUGAGGAUGUUACCAACAUAUGUGUAGCCACAGCUUCAAAAGAUCGGACAUUAAGGUUGUGGAAGUUUGAUGUAGAUGAGGUCCUCGAUCAUCCUACGAAGAUUAGAGCCUUUAAAAUCCUCAAUGGGCACAAAUCGUCUGUACAAACUGUUGCGGCUCAGACGUCUGGCAAUAUGGUAUGUUCUGGUUCUUGGGAUUCUACUAUCAAUAUAUGGCAGACAGAUGAGUAUGAUGCAGAAGGUGAUCUAGUUUCAAUAAAAAAGAGAAAAGUUGGAAGCAAAAGAGAAGAAUUGCAGUCAGAGGGGGAGGCUGUGUCCACACUUGUGGGACAUACACAAUGUGUAUCUUCUGUUGUCUGGCCAGAACGGGAAACUAUAUAUUCUGCGUCAUGGGAUCAUUCUGUUAGAAAGUGGGAUUUUGAAACAGGCAAAUCCUUGAACAUUUUCUGUGGGAAAGCCCUCAACUGCCUUGAUGUUGGAGGUGAAAGUUCUGCACUUAUUGCUGCUGGUGGUUCCGACCCUGUCCUUAGGAUAUGGGAUCCUCGAAAACCAGGAAGUUCAGCUCCCAUCUUUCAGUUCUCAUCUCACUCCUCUUGGAUCACGGCUUGCAAGUGGCACAAAAAAUCAUGGUUUCAUUUGGUUUCUGCAUCUUAUGAUGGGAAAUUGAUGUUAUGGGAUCUAAGAACUGCGUGGCCACUGACAGUGCUAAACUCACAUAAUGACAAGGUACUAUGUGCUGACUGGUGGAAAGGUGAUAGUGUAGUCAGCGGUGGGGCAGACUCAAAACUUUGCAUUUCUUCUGAAAUUCCUUUUGAGUGAGGAAUACAAGAGUAUUAGCAUAGGCCUUCUGAAUUGGAAAAUCUGAAAUCAACUCCAAUGAAGCUGGUCAGAAGAAUUUUAGUAAGGUUAUUUGUGCUUGUAUAUACACAAUUUUGAUGGCAUUUGAUCGGUAUGACUUUCCAACUCAGGUCUUUUGUUCAGAGCAGCAAUUCACGAAACCAUGGUUCUCAUUGUAGGAACAUAUUACUUGCAGAGGGUGUUGUAGAGGAAAGUGUUGAACAUUUAAACUGAUCUAAAUAUGUUUGGUUAAUGACCAGGAUACUCAAUUUAGUGAUAAAUUGACAUUUGUUCCUACGUGGAUUGAAAGAACUUGCCACAUAUUAUCAAAA